GCGUAUAAUAAGUCAAUUUCAUAAUCAAUUAACAAAAAAAUAAACGCGUACCUAUUCUUUUGUUGGAGAAAAUACAAUGGCAGUUUCGUUAAUAUAUCCAUACACAAGCCCAUUAUAACAAAAACCUCAGGUUAUAAGAAGCUACACACCAACGCUUAACCUGUUGUCUUCAGCUGUGUACAGAAUCAAGUUUCCAAGAGAGAAAGAGAGUAAAAGCAAAUUAACAAAGGAAGACUCUGAUUCACCGAGAAGGUUUUGGCUUAAAGAUGACGAACACUCGCGCGAUCUACGCCGUCAUCGCGAUCCUGGCGAUAGUAAUCUCAGCCGUGGAAUCAACCGGAGACUUCGGAGAUUCGCUAGAUUUCGUGAGAGCCGGAUCUUCAUCGCUCUUCUCUGGAUGCACAGGAUCGAUCGCAGAGUGUAUAGCGGAAGAAGAAGAGAUGGAGUUCGAUUCAGACAUAAGCCGGCGUAUAUUAGCACAGAAGAAGUACAUUAGCUACGGUGCUAUGAGGAGGAACAGUGUGCCUUGUUCACGGCGUGGUGCGUCGUACUACAACUGCCAGCGUGGAGCUCAGGCGAAUCCUUACAGCCGUGGAUGCAGCACCAUCACUAGGUGCAGGCGUUGAAGAAGAUGAGUCACUUGAAUUUCCUAUUUUGCCCCUUUCUUUUUGUGUCUCUGUCUCUCUUCUCGAUUUUCAUUUUUUUAAUUAUUUUUAUUUUCCGGGAUAUAUGGGUUUGAUUUUACACAUUGAAAAAAAAACUUCUACUAUAGUCUUUGAUUUGAAAGGAAAAAAAACGAAAUUGCUUCUUUGUUUUUUUUUCUGGUUGUUGUCUAUAUACAUAAAUAAAAAAUUCAAAGUUGCGUAGAUUAAAAAUAGUUAUUAGUCCGAGAAGUGAUUUUGAGAUCUGUGCGUAGUUUUGUGUUUACUAACAAUUGUUAAUGAAAAGUGAUUACCGUUAAUUUAAUUAUAUGAAUCUGAGGUGUUUGAGUAAUAAAUAUUUGGAGCGUAUUAAUUAAUUAUAGUAGACAGAAAGAUAAAUAAAAGCAGAAUUGAAUUGAUCCUUCCUUUAUUAGCUGUUGGUGGCAUGUUGGCUUAUAAGGUAAUGAUGGGACCAUCACAACCUAAUUCGUAACAUUUUUCUUCUUAUACUAAUUUAUCAGCCUCGAAACUUCGUUUUGGCUGUAAUUGUUUUUUUUAUAUAAUUAAUGAUGCGUCGUUGGAUAUGUUUUUAGACAUUAUUAUGGCUCUCAAUAGACGAAUCUGUAACCUUACAAGUAAUAACGAAUGUAGUACCAUAAUGAAAAUGUGGAAAACAAGAAGAACAAGUCGGAGUAUAAAAUAUUCUGUAGAGUUUAUUACCCAUAAAACAAAAGUUUUCAUGAAUUCAUGUAAAAUAUACUCUAGAGUUUAGAUAGUUCUCUUUUAGCAUGUGUAAAGAUUCAGAACUAGAUAAAUGUGGAUAAUAAUCUGAAAUGCCGAAUAUAAACAGAAUCAUAGCCGCAAAUGAUUUAUUUUUAUAUAACCAAUGGGUUUGUAAUUAAUAUUACUCGAAUCUGUAAUAUUUUCCCUCCACCAAGUUUGAAAUUGGACUAACAAUGGAAUCAAUAGCACAAUCAGGUAUAAGAAGUUUUAGUCAUUUGAUCGAGAUUAAUGUUGGAGUGUAGCUUUGUUUGGGUCAUGUUUUGGGCUCUUCUCCAUUUCAUACUUUGCCGAUGUGAUGAACCACGCACUAACAUGGGUAUAGUUCGUUCGAUGUUUCUAUUGGGCCUUUACUCGUAAUAUUGGGCCAUAAUGAUCACGUGACUUAGUUUUGUUUUGUUUUUGUUUGUGUUCAUGUAAUUUUAAGUAGUGGGCUUCAACUUGUUUUGAGCCCAUAGCACAUGAUUUCCCUUUAUUGUUUAUUGGUCUACUUUUUUUUUUUUUUUUUUUUU